GGUUUUAAAUUCAAAAAAUGUGGAAUAAAAAACAAGUGAAGAAGAAGAACCUGCACUUUUUCCACACAAAGGGAAAGUAAAGUAAUGUAAAGGAACCUCUCUCUCUGCAGCAACACCCAUGAAAUCACCAAAGUGAGAGAGAGAGAGAGAGAGAGAGAGAGAGAGAGAGAGAGAGAAUUUGAAGAAGAAGAAGAAGAAGAAGAAGAAGAAGAAGAGAGCAAAAGACAAGUAUAGAGAAGUAAAGAGAGAAUAAACGGGAGCAGAGGAAUGUAUCGAUUCAGCAACACGAUGAUCGGGUACCUGAACCUGCUGACGCUGUUGGGGUCGAUCCCGAUCAUCGGCGGGGGGUUGUGGAUGGCGCGGAGCUCGGCGACGUGCGAGUCGGCGCUGCAGACGCCGCUGCUGGUGCUAGGGUUCGUGGUGCUCCUGGUGUCGCUCGCGGGGUUCAUCGGGGCCUGCUUCAACGUGCCCUUCGCGCUGUGGCUCUACCUCCUCGCCAUGCUCGCCCUCAUCGCCGCGCUCCUCGGCCUCACCAUCUUCGGCCUCGCCGUCACCGGCGGCGGCGGCGGCGCCCCCGUCCCCGGCCGCGUCUACCUCGAGUACUCCCUCGCCGACUACUCGCCCUGGCUGCGCCGCCACGUCGCCGAGGCCGCCUACUGGCGCGCCGCCCUCGCCUGCGUCGUCGGAUCCAAGGCCUGCGACAAGAUCGCGCUCUGGACGCCCUUGGAUUACCUGCAGAGGGAUCUCUCCCCCAUCCAGUCCGGGUGCUGCAAGCCGCCGACGUCGUGCACGUACACGGCGGGCACGGCGAUGGCGGCGCAGGACGAGGACUGCUACCGGUGGAACAACGCGCCGAACGUGCUGUGCUACGGGUGCGACUCGUGCAAGGCCGGCGUGCUGGAGCAGGUCAGGAGGGACUGGCACAAACUCUCCCUCCUCAAUGUCGUCGUCCUCGUUUUCCUCAUCGCGAUAUACGCCGUCGGCUGUUGCGCUUUUCGGAACGCUCGCCGGGCCGAGUCCGAGUAUCCCUAUGGCGAAAAUCACAUGUCGAAAGUCCGGCCCCGGUGGGACUAUUACUGGUGGAGGUGGUGGCGUGACAGAAGAGAACAACUCUACUAGCUCCUUUCUUUAUGGUUACUGAUAAGAGUUUCUUCAAUGUCUCUUGCGUGUUAUUAUUAUCUAUGUAAAGGAAUAGGACUACGAGAGGAAGGGGAAAAUUAUAGCUCUGUUGGGUUCAGUGCUCGUAUUUUGCCUUGUAAGUUUUGUUUAGGAAUACUAUUGCUCACUAGUCAGAAAUUUUUCUUUCUUUUUUCUUUC